GACACAGAGGGGUCUGAGGACAGGAGUUCAGAAUCGGGUUGGCUGUCCAGGAGCUCAGGGUGGUCACCAGGUUAAGUGCUGCAGUGUUGAUGCCAACCGCCCUCAGCGCCUUCUCACCCACACCUGGAAUUAAGUCAUUCCAACCUUGGAAACUCUGUACUAGAUCCUUCUCAAUAAAUCCGCUAGAAAUCAAGCUCUUUCCUUUAUACGAUGCUGGAUUUUCCACAAACUAAAAUCAAGAUGAGUAAAGAUGUGGUUUCUAGAUAGUGCCCGACAAAGCGGAGGCCAGGGUAUGAGGCGUCACCAUUUGGGCCUAUAAAAAGCCACUGCAAGAAGCAAAGGCCACAAGCCGCUCAGCUUUGGCCAGCGCACGACACGUCUGCUCCUCUGUUCCGUGCUGGUUCUGGGUCUCAUGGCGCCCUGGUUGACUGUGGUCCUCACCCUUGCCUGCCUCAGUGGCCUUGCUGCCCCAGGCCCCGUGCUUCUCUCCACAGAGCUCAAGGAGCUCAUUGAGGAGCUGGUCAACAUCACGCAGGACCAGAAGGCUCCCCUGUGCAAUGGCAGUAUGGUGUGGAGCGUCAACCUGACAGCCGGUGAGUACUGUGCAGCCCUGGAGUCCCUGAUCAAUGUCUCCAACUGCAGUGCCAUCCAGAAGACACAGAGGAUACUGAGAGGCCUCUGCACACGCAAGACCACGCCUGGGCAGAUGUUCACCAUGCCCAUCCCAGACACCAAAAUUGAAGUGGGCCAGUUUGUGAAGAAACUGCUCACACAUUUACGGAGUCUUAUUCGCAACAAAAACCUCCACUGAAGCAUGAAAUUUGCAGACGGGCCCUGAUUAUUUAAGUUGCAGAUUCAUUUUCUUACCAGUGUCAGAAACUUUGGGGAGACAUGGGGAGGAGGGUUUGGAGGGGAAAGAUUGCCUUAGCUUAGACCUCAGCCUGUGCCACCUGCCUUCAGUCGUACCAACCCCUUGCCUGGGUGCCCAGGGUUCAGCCUAGUCCCCUCUUCUGUCCAGGGCUCUGAGCUCAGGGGACCGGGGUGAAGACACUGCCCUGUACCUGGACCCCCUCUCUAGAGCAAACUGUAGCAUUACAGUAGGUGCUGUUCUUGCCAGACAUGUGGUGGGAGAGGGACCCGCCUCACACAGGUGACUGAGGCAGAGAGCAGCUCAGGCACGUGUCUUCUUUCUUAUUUAUUAUUGUGUGUUAUUUAAGUGUCUGUUAGUGUUGGGUGGGGAGGCUGUUGCCACCUGGGUGCCUAUGACUUAGGGGCUCUAGCAUAAAGCAGUGGGCACUGGUGGGGUCCCUAGUAACAAGUACUAUGCACACAAUCCUGCUACCUCAAUGGGGCUCCGGAGCCAAGGAGUAAUUUAUUAUUUUAUCCUUGUAUUUAAAGUUAAAUAUUAAAUAUGUUAACAAAGAGUUAAUAAUAUAUGGAAACUCGGCCUACAACACUGAAGGCCGUGUGUGUGGAUUCGGGGAGAGGGGGUCACCGA